CAUAAUUCGUGGUUUAGCUUUAGUUUCUGGAAUCGUCGUACCAAAACUCGUCGCCGGAGACCGGAAGCUAAAACGGGAAGAUAUGGCUUCGCUAGGUUUCAACCUCGGCUUCACCUUCUCCAGUGCACAAAUUCAGCAGCAUCGAAAAGUUUCCGGAGGUGGAAGGGUUCGCGUUAUCUCAUGUAACAGCUCGUCUUCUUCUUCUUCUUCUUCUCAAGCAUCAUCCCCGCAGGGGAUUUCUGCAGCGACACCUCCUGAGAUAGAGCUCGAGUUCUUCGGUGUAACUAUCGAGAUUUUUUUGUGUUUUUCUUUGCAGCCGAAGCCGGGGAGCGACGGGUCGUAUCCGGUGGAUAAAGCCAAGGCUGUGAGCGGAGAGAAGCUUCUGAGAAGCAUUAUGCAGGAUACCAAAAUCGAACUCUACGCUGCUUACGGAAAAGUCAUGAACUGUGGAGGUGGAGGAAGCUGUGGAACUUGCAUUGUGGAGAUACUAGACGGCAGAGAUCUUCUGAACGAGAGAACAGAUACAGAAAACCGGUACCUGAAAAAGAAGCCGGAAUCUUGGAGACUCGCAUGUCAAACAAUAGUAGGGAACAAAGAAAACUCAGGAAAGGUUGUCGUGCAGCGGAUUCCACAGUGGAAGAAGUGAAUCAACCAGUGAAUCAAUGUUAAGCCUUAUUCGUUUCAUAUAUUUAUGUGUACAUAACACAUCUCUGUAUGUUGUCUCGUAUUAGUGAAGAUACGUUCGUCUAUCUAUAUGGUGGUGCCAUGAUAGUGAAAUUUCUAUUGAUAAGAAAUAAAAUCAAAUAACGGGAAUUAUAGAA